AUGGGUCUGAAUCCACAGGUGAAAGCUUUUUGCAAGAAAAGGUGUGACUACUUCAACUUAUUGGAACUUAUCUUUGGAAAAUCGAUAGCCACAGUCAUUUUAGCCCGUGAUUCUACCCAAGUCCCAUCGAAUUGUGAUGACGAGAUAGAGUUGGAGGAGGAGUUCAUAAAUGGUCAAAAAAGAUCAUCUACAACUCUUAAUGAUGAUCUUAAAGGCUCAUUUCACCCACCACCUAAAAAGAUUGCAAGUAGUUCAAGACAAAAGAGGGGGAGUAAGAGUUCUAAGAUGGGCAAUGCUAUUGAUGCAUGGGCUGCGUUCUCAUUGGCUAGGACAGAAAAAUACAAGCAUAAUUGUCAGAACGACAUGGUGAAUGACGCUUACAGUAUUGACACUUGCAUGGAUGUGUUAGAGGGUAUGGAGGAUGUUGGAUGCCAACAAUAUUUUUGUGCUUGA